AUGUGCCUAAUCGGCCUCUUGCUUCCUCUAAAGCCCAAGAAGCAGACCCGCACGCACAGGUCCAAGGGCUCAAGCCAUAGACACUCUAGCCAUGGACACUCUGGCCACAGACGCUCCGAGCGCCCACAUCGGGAAAGAUCUCAUCGGCGAGAGAAAGAGGAACCGAGAAACUCGGCCGCGGUAGCCGAAGACGCCCUGGCACGGCUAUGUCUAUCGCUCGAGCAAAGCCUCCUUGAUGAACAGCAAAGAUGGCGAGAGCAAGACCGACUAGACACGUCGGAGAGGCGGCGCCUAGGGCUCGAACGAGACCGGACACCGUUCGAAGAAGCACCGCCAUAUAGCGUCAGGGACACCAUGCGCCAGCCGACGCCAGAACCCCAGUCCCAGAACGGGAUAGCCGACAGGCCCCGAAGCCGGGAGAGGGAGAGCGACUCGACUGGCUCGGCCCACUGCUGCCGCAACUGCGUCUGCGCCCGCUGUGGCCAUGGCAGCGUCAAAUGCCCGACGACGCCCGAACUCGAUGACACCGCCCGGGUCAGAGCCUUCACGAACGACGGCGCGGAUUCGCGGAGGCGGGGGGAUUGA